UUUUUAUCACGUGACGUGGCUGUCCCGAGCCAAGAUGGCGGCGUCGACAGUCGAUUCUUUGCAGAGUCCCGAACCACCGGUGCCAGGCAGUUCCCCCAAACUCGCCCGAGCCGCCAUAGACGGCAUCCAGAGAAACGAGAAGACAGGCAUCCCCCUCAACACAGCCUGGACCUUCUGGCUGGACAAGUCAGUAAGAGGAGCGACAGCAGCAGAGUAUGAGGCCAACCUGAGAAAGAUUUACACUGUCAACACAGUAGAGAGUUUCUGGGGGGUGUUCAACAACAUUCCUGAUGUCUCGGAGAUCCAAGAUCGCUACGGUUACCACCUCAUGAGAGAAGAACGCAGACCGAUUUGGGAGGAUGAAUGCAACAUGAGAGGAGGUUACUGGAAAAUGAAAUGUUUCAAGAAAGAUACAAGUGUGGUGUGGAAAGAGCUACUGCUGGCUGUCAUUGGGGAACAGUUUACAGACCAUACAGCAGAAGGGGAUGAGGUUGUGGGUCUAAGCGUCAGUGUCAGGGAAAGAGACGACAUCAUCCAGAUCUGGAACCAGAAUGCCGAGGUGGCCGACAAGGCCUCAGUCGUCAGCAAGUUCAGAGAGCUGCUCCCAAACACCAGCUUCCCCACCUUGUUCUACAAGCCUCACCAAGCACACCAUGCCUUUGAGAAAGACAGGACAAAUUUUUACCGGAAGUGACAAGACUUUGGGAAGGGGAGGAGUUUGCUGAAACUGUAUGUGCUUCUUGUCUGCUGUCUGGUGCAAUGCCUGGUCCCCAGGACCAAGAGGAAUCCAACAUCUCUAGUUUUGGGCCACGCUUCUGGUUUUCUGCAAAAUACACCCCUUAAGGGCCACGCAAAGACAAUUUUUUUUUGGUUCUUGGUCUUAAGACAGAAAUACAAAUGUACAUCUUUGUGCAAAAUAUUGUCCAUGGGUACAACAACAAUAAUACCCCAGUGGAAGAAGUUUUGUUUUAGUUAGAAGCUACAAACACCUUAGUGCUACAUGUACAUGUGAAAGACAGCAAAAGGAUCUAAACCUUUACCCGAACACAAACAUAUUUCAUUUUUCUCAUGGUCAACAACUUCAGACAUGUGUAUGUAUUCUGAGGGACUCACGCCUCCAGGAGCCGGUCAAAGAUGACUGUUAGUUUGUAGCGCGCCCCCCGUCUCAGUUUAAAGAUGGUUGACAGGCCCUGAUGUAAAUGGCAUCCUUUGAUGUGCCCUACUUAAAAUGUCUUAAAGGACUAUAGAAACAAGAUAGUAUGGCCUUAUACAAUGUAAUGGCUUCAAGAUUCUGGAGGUGGAUUUCAAGUUCUUUGUUGUCAUGUCUUUUAAGUCCAAGAACCACGGAAUUUCGUUGAUGUGGCCUUAGAAUUAGACUCUGUUUGGGGAAAUUUCUAAACAACAACUGAUGUAGGGAAACUCAGAUCAACGAAUGCAGAUAGCACGCAAGAAAGAUGCUUGAACUUGCAGCAAAAAAAAUCAUGUAACAAACAAGGCUUCUCUCCACACUGAUCAUGAACCAAUUAACUUUUCUGAGCUGAAUUAUUGGAAGGAAGAACAAGCUGUUUGUCGUGUGAUUUUUUUUGUUGCAUUUUCAUUUCAUGAAGUUUGAAGCAGGGUUAGAUUCAUCUUUUAUGUAUAUAUAAGUAUUGGACUUGUUUUUUUGUGGGACAGUUCAAAUUUGGGGAUAUGUAUGUGUCAAACAAGCUGUGCUAUAUGAUUGUAAUUUCUCUGAAAACGAUACUACAUAUUAGUUCACAUAUUUAAUAUGCUGCUCAUGAUCGUUAUGAUUAGAUGAUUCUAGUACUGAAACUUUAUCGUUUUAAUGUUCUGUAAAUCUUGAAAUGUUUGUAGUGGUUUUAUUUUCGCGAUUAAUCCUCCACCUCGAUUUCUUGACACAAUGAAUAUGCAUCUCCAGCGUAUUACUGCAACUGUACUAUAAAAUUGUUUUAAUUCCAAACUUAUAAGUAGCAAAAACCUACUUUCCUCUCCUACUGAGACAUAAAACCACAACAAAGGUUACUGAAUUUACAGUGCAGUAACUACUGACAGGAAAAUCAUUUGCAAAACGUGAAAGACUCUAGAGGUUCUUAGAUGUUUUUUAGCUGAGAUUUCCGUUUCGAUUCAAACUUCCUCGAUAACUCUGCAUUUAGGUAUUGCUUUGGGAACACAAGUUUGAUUUUAUGGAUGACAUCUUUGCUGUGAUGGAUUUUAGUAAUUUCACUCACUUUCCAUAUCACUAAAGGAGACAGAUUCUGACCACCAUGUUGGCGUCCUUGAUUUGUAUUUCAGCAGUCCCUAGCUCAAGUGUACACAGCACAUUUUUGUUUUGUCUGCUAUUUCUUUGAGUGGUUAGAAGGAGCUUUACACGUCCAAAAAUGCUUGAGCUACAAUUCGUUUCCCACCUCUAUGUUGGUGGCCCUAUGACAUCACAUGAAAAUGUUUUAUGUCAAGAAGUUCACUGUUGUUAUAAGCCAUAUGUAUUUGAGAAGAGAGAGAGAGAAUAUUAUCAUAAAACCAGAAAGGUCUUCUGCAGAACAAGUUUAAGUUAUGAUUUUUUUUCACUGAGCAUUCAGAUCAGAGGAUGUUAUCCAUAAAAUUGACAUUGUGUUGCCACCUCCCCAUUUUCAGGCGUCGAAAUCAACCUUUUAAUGUAUAUAUUCUACAACGAAGAGAAAAGACAAGUGCUUGUCCCAGAGAUAAUUGAUUUACCAGUCUGAUGUAAAAUCACUGAGGCAUCUGUGUAUAUGGAUAUAAUACAGUGUGUAUUAAAACUUGCUGUGUUUUGUCAAUGAAGUAAUAUCAGAACUACAAGUACCGCAUUUUGAAACCUUUUGAUUUCUUCAUACAACUAGUAACUAGUCCAUACUUCUCUGACUGCCUAUGUUAGAAGUUAG